AUGCCCAGGUCCGAAAUGGCCAACCAACCCCACACCCCAUACGACGACCAAGGCCGCGACUUCUCCCUAGACAUGAUGGAAAACGCCAGCAAACGACGGCGCGUGCGAGAAUUCAAGACCGCAGCCGCAAGUCUCAGUCCAGACCUCGACGACGCCCCGCAUGAACGAGCAAAGCGCGCAAAGUUCCUAGAGCGAAAUCGUCUCGCGGCAAGCAAGUGUCGCCAGAAAAAGAAGGAACAUACCCAGCUCCUGGAAUUCAACUUCAAGGAACAGUCUGAGAAAAAGGAGCAGCUUGUCGCGGAGAUUGCUCGGCUGCGAUCGGAGAUCCUAGGCCUGAAGAAUGAGGUCCUGAAACAUGCUCAGUGUGGAGAUGAGCCGAUUAAACUUCAUCUCGCCCAGAUGGUCAAGAAGAUUACCGAUAAGGAUGGUGCUCCGCCUGCGGGUGGGUUGCCGGACUCUCCCGUCAGAAUCCCAGAUAAUCCCUCGGUCUCGGUCUCUCCGCUCGAACCAACCCCGGCACCGGUUACAGCGGCUGUGCCUGUGUCUGCGCCGGCACCAACGGCGAUGUCGUUUGGCUUUGAUGAUCCCCUGCAGCUUGAGCCUGCUGCGGCGGCGGCGGCGGCGGAGGCGUUUGAGCAGCAGAUGCGGCGUCAGUCGGAGGCUUCGCUCGUCUCUGAGGGGUCUUAUUCGUUCUCGGCGGAGGAUACGUCGUUUGAUGAUUUGAUCAAUGUGUGA